AUGCAUGCACACGAUGACACGGUGUCAUGCAUUCAGGUCAGCCAAUGGGGCGCUCACACGUGUCUGGUCACUACAUCAUGGGACGGCAGUGUGAAGCAGUGGAGCAUGGCGCACUCGCCCUUCCUCUCCGCCUCACCUUCCUCCUCCUCCUCCUCCUCCUCCUCCUCCUCCUCCUCCUCCUCCUCCUCCUCCUCCUCCUCCUCCUCCUCCUCCUCCUCCUCGUCCUCCUCCUCCUCCUCCUCCUCCUCCUCGCCCCACUCCUAUGCUGGCUCAGACACUUCAGCACCCCCCUCGGCAUCUGUCCCCUGGAGCUGCCGCCUCUCCCCUCUCACCACCACGAUCGCCAUCAUUAUUCCCUCUCCCACUUUCACUCCCACAAUGCUCCUUGCCCCUCCUUCAGGCGCCGUGUUGCUGUGGGACAUGCGAGCGCCCCCCUCGGCAUCUGUUCCCUGGAGGUGCCGCCUCUCCCCACUCACCACCGCCGCUUCCACGUCGCCACUAGCAGUGACAGGGCUGGUGUUCUCAUAUGGGGGUCUGCACGUCACUGCUGCUGACUCCACAGGGGGGCUCAGAGUGCUGGAGGUGAGGCUUUAG